GCAACCUCGUAUCAUUUUUCAACAUCUCGAAUCCAGCCGUAUGCUCCUUUUGAACAAAUAAUAUCAAGCCAAUCACAAAUCGUAAAAUAAUUCCAUUCCGGCCGCUCUUGAAAAUCGACAAUGCCGAUCGCGGGGCCACAUGGCGGUUGGCUUCUUAGACGAGAGUCGCGUUGUGAGACCCUGAUCCCAUGAGGACGUUCUUCAGUGCAUGCGACCACUACAGACUCUUCUCUGUCUCCAGGUCGGUGCUUGUGAAGAGUUCUGAACUCUGCGUUGUCUAUACUUGUGAUGAUACGUCAAUCUCGAUCUCAUAUUCUUGGUCCUUGAACCACCAACUAUGCCGGCUCGCCGUACACCUCCGACAACAAAGAGGCCACGCCGCUCGUAGAGUAGCUUUGCAUUGUUACCUCACUAAAGACCUAUUGCGAUGUCUAUACGUCUACUGAUAAAAGAGCAUCCACAUCGAGCCAUCGCUCUCGCUACCCAAACACACGUCCUCAUAUUCCGACACUCGCCGUCGUCAACCGAACCGUCCUACAAUACUCCACACAACAACCUUAAAAGCUCCUCGCAAACAUCUUUGACUACAAGUAAUGGGACAGCCGGACCACGAUGCAUGGUAGAAUUUGCGGAGCUUGGUCAUGUCGAUCUUGAAGGGUUCAGACAAUUGAACAGCCUAGCCGUGCAUGGCACGCUGGGGUUGAUGAGUGUUGAAGGAGACGUGUUCCUUUGCGUCGUCAGCGGUGCGGGCAAAGUCGCAAGAGUACGCGAAGAUGAAAGUGUUCUGCGGAUACAUUCGGUUGAGUUCCAUUGUCUCAAUCGCACGGACUACGAUCGUAUCUUGAGCGACGACAUCAACCCCUACCCGACGGAAAGCCUAGACGACGAAGUUUAUGAUCAUGGCUAUGGACGCGGAAGAGGAGAGGCGCUCAUGGAGCAUCCAUGCGUGACGUUAAAGAAGCUGCUUAGCAGUGGUACAUUUUAUUACUCUGCAGAUUUCGAUCUUACGAGGCGUGUGCAAGAGCGGAGCACAGAUACGGCAGCAGUCGCAUUAGACAGCCUCGAUGCAGGCUUCCUGUGGAAUUCUUAUAUGAUACAGCCACUGGUGAACUUUCGGUCAAGACUUUCUCCCAAGGAGAAAAUAGCGCUGGACGGCUCCAAGUUGUUGACAUCGGCGAUCAGAGGUUUCGUCAGUACCAUCCCAGUACCGGCAAGCUCGUCUCCGGCUAGGAAUACUACCACUGGCCUACCUUCCACACUUACACUGAUAUCAAGACUUUCAUGUCGGAGAGCUGGGACACGGUUCAACUCGCGAGGCAUAGAUGACGACGGCAACGUUGCCAACUUCGUAGAGACCGAGACUGUGUUCUGUACCCCCUCAGGUCUCUGUUUUUCCUACACUCAAAUCCGGGGCAGUGUUCCAAUAUUCUGGGAGCAAGCCACUGGACUCCUCCCGAACCAACAGAAGAUCAGUAUAACCCGCUCCCAAGAAGCUACGCAACCUUCAUUCGACAGACACUUUGAGCACCUGGAGCACACAUAUGGAGCAGUACAUGUCGUAAAUCUGCUAAGCUUUGACAAGCCUCAAGAAACUGACUUAACUCAACGAUAUAUUCAUCAUAUCGAGCAAAGCCCUCUCAACAACACCCAUGGGAAGCAGUCGCGCGAACAUGACCUCCUGAAGCAUACUGAAUACGACUUCCACGCGGAGACACGUGGUCCGGUGGGCUAUGAAGCUGCGAGUGACAUUUCACGGUACAUUCAGGACUCAGCAGACAGCUUCUCAUACUAUCUGGCGGAGGAAGUUGAGGAUCGGUUGAGAGGGAGCAUAGAAACCGCGAAUCAGGUCAUCCGAAGAUCAGUCACUAUCUUGCAACAAGAAGGUGUCUUCCGAACCAACUGUUUGGAUUGUUUGGACCGGACUAAUCUAGUCCAGACGAUCAUCAGUAAGAUGGCUUUAUUAAGUUUCCUCGGACAUCGCAGCGAAAGAGCCAGCAACGACUUUUGGACUAGACAUGGGAGUCUGUGGGCGGACAACGGAGACGCACUCUCGAAGAUAUAUGCCGGCACGGGGGCUUUGAAGUCCUCUUUCACCCGGUCUGGGAAGAUGUCGUUCGCUGGAGCACUGGCGGAUGCGAGGAAGAGCGCACAACGACUAUAUAUCAACAAUUUUGCAGACAAGGGCCGUCAAAACACUGUUGACAUGUUGCUAGGGCGUCUCAUUGGUCAGAGUCCUGUCACGCUUUAUGACCCGGUCAACGACUUCGUGAAUACGGAACUGAUGCGGCGGUUUGCCGAAUAUACAUCAUCAGACACAAUCCGCAUCUGGGCUGGGACCUUCAAUCUCAACGGCAAGACUAAUGGCCUUCGAGAUGAUCUUUCUCCUUGGUUACUGCCCAAGAUAGAUGCAGCCCAAGAAUCUGCUGAGAUCGUGGCUGUGGGCUUUCAAGAGAUCGUGGAGCUCAGUCCACAGCAGAUCAUGUCGACAGACCCUGCGCGGCGGCAAAAUUGGGAAAGUGCAGUCAAGAAUACUUUGAAUGAGCAUGCUAGACUUCAUAGGCAAGAAGAAUACGUACUUCUUCGCGGUGGUCAGCUCGUUGGAGCCUCUCUAUCGAUUUUCGUGAAGGCGAGCAUAUUGAACUUUAUCAAGAAUGUGGAAGGGAGUAUCAAGAAAACUGGUAUGUCUGGUAUAGCAGGUAACAAAGGUGCUGUUGCAAUACGCGUCGACUUUGCGGAUACUUCGAUAUGCUUCGUCACGGCUCAUCUUGCAGCUGGAUUUGCGAACUACGAGGAGCGUAAUAGAGAUUACAAGACUAUUGUUCAGGGCUUACGAUUCCAGCGCGACCGUUCGAUAGAGGAUCAUGAUAGUGUUAUCUGGCUAGGAGAUUUCAACUACCGUAUCGGCCUAAGUAACGAGAAGGUUCGUCGGCUCAUAGAGGCUAGAGAUCUUGAGACACUAUAUGCAAAUGAUCAGCUGAACCUACAAAUGGUCGCGGGGCUAACGUUCCCCUACUACAAUGAAGCCCGAAUCACAUUUGAUCCCACAUAUAAGUUCGACUUGGGCACAGACUACUACGACUCUUCAGAAAAGGCUCGCAUACCUGCGUGGUGUGACCGGAUCUUGACGAAAGGCACCAAUUUGCGUCAAACGAGUUACAAUGCUGCCCCAUUACGCUUUUCCGACCAUCGUCCCGUCUAUGCCACAUUCUUUUGCACAAUCAACAUUAUCGAUGAAAAGAAGAAGGAUCACCUCGGCAACAGACUCUACAGACAACGGAGGGGCGUCGUUGGUGAUCCUACGGUGAAUGAUAGGGGGCAUGAAACCUCGGAUGAGGACCUUAUAGGAUAUGAGUCUAUUGAGCCCGGUCUUCCACCAGCAAGCUCCGACCGUCGAAAAUGGUGGAUAGAUAACGGCCAGCCUGUCCGCUCUCAAGUUCGACCACCUCAGCCAAAUAUGAUUCCUAACCCUAAUCGUAAGCCGAAUCCUUUCACUCCAUCCUCCGAGCAAGAUUGGGUCGACAUUAGGAAAUACGAUACAUACCCCGACCCACCGAAGCCACGCCGGUCUAAUACUACUGCAUCAGCACGUAGCAACAUGUCAAGUAGGUCAAUAACGCGCAAAAUUCCACCACCAUUCGAUACGACUGAAGCCCUAGCCUCGUCAUCCCGUAAUUCGAAUACCUCAUCACACCAUUAUCAAGUAUCGACACCACCUUCGAACCGCGAUGCACGUUCUGACUCCCGUGCAUCCGUACAAUCUCCAUAUGCGCAAGCUAGAUCGCCCUCUUCACAAUCCAUCUCUUCCACAAGCAUAACCCGCAAGCCAGCACCACCUGUUCCGAAGAAGCCAGCUGCCUUCAGCUCAUCCAGCUCCCCAACGCCUCCAUUGACAGAGUCAUUCGAGAAAAUAGCACCUACAUUACCGCCCCCUAGGAGGACAGUGACGAGUGCAACAUCAGGGUCUAGUAGCAACGUUAUCUCGAGGUCACCUCCUCAGCGUUUACGGAAGGAAAAUGGGAGUGCGGAGGAGCGUACCGGCCCGGCCUUACCACCCAGGAGGAAAGGUACAGGUAUGAUGACAGCGGGGCCGAUGGACGAUAGCGUAGAAGAUGAAAUGAAGGAAUGGGAGGUAUUGAGACCCUCAUGAAGCUGUUAGCAGGACGCAGGGGCACUAACACAGACGCAAAACAAGUACUGGCAGGGUGAUUUGGUCUGUGGCGCAAGCUCCAAUACGUCACAAAGCAAUAAUAUAUCAAUAAGUGUUAUCGAAACAAAAUUCACAU